AUGUUGCCUGCCUCCCUUUUUACCCCACCUUGCAGCCGCCUGGUGGGAAACACGCCCAUGGUCUACCUCAGUAGCCGCAUCUUGGGCGACAAAGCCGCGGCCAAGGUGGCCGCCAAGCUGGAGCUGAUGGAGCCGUGCUGCUCGGUCAAGGACAGAAUUGGGAGGAGCAUGAUAGAAGAUGCCGAGGAGGCCGGCAAAAUAGCGCCCGGCAAGACCACGCUGGUCGAGCCCACAUCUGGCAACACUGGCAUUGCACUGGCGUUCAUUGCUGCGGCGCGUGGCUACCGGCUGGUGCUGACCAUGCCCGCCUCCAUGUCGCUGGAGCGCCGCAUCCUGCUGCGUGCCUUUGGGGCCGAGCUGGUGCUGACGGAUCCCGCCAAGGGCAUGAAGGGCGCGAUGCAGAAGGCGGAGGAGAUUGCGGGCUCGACCCCCAACAGCUACAUCCUGCAGCAGUUCUCCAACCCCGCCAACCCUCGCAUCCACUACGAAACCACCGGCCCGGAGGUCUGGGAGGCAACAGAGGGCAAGGUGGAUAUCCUGGUGGCCGGCGUGGGCACCGGCGGCACCAUCACCGGCACCGGGCGGUUCCUGAAGGAGAAGAACCCCAACAUGCAGGCGCCUCCGCCCAUGCGCACUGCCCUGCAGAUCAUCGCUGUAGAGCCGGCGGAGUCGCCCGUCAUCAGCGGCGGCAGUCCCGGCCCCCACAAGAUCCAGGGCAUCGGGGCGGGCUUCAUCCCAGACAACCUGGAUACCUCCCUGGUGGACGGCGUGAUCAAGGUUAGCUCCGACCAGGCGGUGGAGAUGGCGCGGCGCCUGGCGCUGGAGGAGGGCCUGCUCUGCGGCAUCUCGUCCGGCGCGGCGGUCGUGGCGGCGGCUGAGGUGGCCAACAGGCCAGAGAACAAGGGCAAGCUGGUCGCGGUUGUGCUGCCGUCCUUUGGCGAGCGCUACCUCUCCUCUGUCCUAUUUGCUUCGCUGAGGGAGGAGGCAGAAAACAUGCAGCACGAGUGA